CACCCCAUUUCCCACGCCAAGAAACCACGCCUCGAGCCACGCUUCCCCCGUCCUCCUCGAUCCAAUCCCUUCCUCUCACGAGUCACGAUCGCAAAUUGACUUCGACCCUUCUGGUUUGUCCUACCUUCCCAAUCUGCGUCUGCUUCCUUUUUCUUCCUGCUACGGGGUGUCCGGUCUCUGUCCCGGGAGUUGGAGCCAAGAUGACAAUGCCGGGGUCUCCGGGGAGGCCGAGCUUCUCCGGCCUCCGCGGCGCCAGGUGGCGCGCCGAUCUCGGCGUCCUCCCCGGCUCCGCCGCCGUCUCCACCGACGAGCUCCGUCGCGCCGCCGCGGACUCCCGCCGGAGAUAUGCUAAUUUGCGUCGAAGACUGUUAAUAGAUCCCCAUUUUUCCAAGGAUGAAGAAGGCGCACCCGACCUUGCUGUGGAGAAUCCACUAUCUCAGAACCCAGAAAGCACUUGGGGCCAGUUUUUCAGGAAUGCAGAACUCGAGAAAAUGCUUAACCAAGAUCUGUCCCGGCUCUAUCCUGAAUUGGGAGACUUCUUCCAAACAAGUACAUGUCAGUCCAUGCUUGGACGUGUACUGUUAGUGUGGAGCCUUAGGUACCCAGAGUUUGGUUACAGACAAGGAAUGCAUGAACUCUUAGCUCCUCUUCUCUAUGUCCUUCACGCUGAUGUGCAGCACUUCAAACAAGUCAGGAGCUUUCAUGAAGAGCUUUUUGGUGAUGAUUUUGAUGGCCAAAAUUUUCCAGAUAGGUUAAAGCUGAACAGAAUUGACAGAAAAAGCAAUGUCGAGGGUAGCACAGCUAAAAUUAGAAAUUUGGACGAUCUUGAUUCUGAUACUAGGGACCUUUUCUUGAUAAAUGAUGCAUACGGAGCAGAGGGUGAGCUGGGUAUUAUUUUAUCAGAAAAGUUUAUGGAGCAUGAUGCCUACUGUAUGUUUGAGAAUUUGAUGAAUGGUGCACAAGGUGUGGUUGCUAUCACUGACUUCUAUUCUCUCAGUCCUGCGCCAGAAUCAAGCACAGGUUUAACGCCUAUAAGGGAGGCAUCAUCUGCAAUAUAUCACUUGCUUGCUAGUGUGGAUUCCUCUCUUCAUAGCCAUCUUGUGGAGUUGGGAGUAGAACCUCAGUACUUUGCUUUACGAUGGCUUAGAGUCCUAUUUGGUCGCGAAUUUUCACUUGACAAUCUUCUGUUUGUUUGGGAUGAAAUCUUCUCUUCUCCUAACCAUUCUUAUUGCACAGACAUCAGGAGUAGAGCAGAUUACCAGCUUAAGGUCUUAUGUUCUCCUCGUGGGGCCCUGGUUUUGUCAAUGGCAGUCUCAAUGAUGCUACAUCUCAGAUCCUUAUUGCUAGGGAGUGAGCAUGCCACCUCUUGCCUAGUGAGGUUGUUGAAUUUUCCUGAAGAUAUUGACCUAAAGAACAUAAUUGAUAAAGCCAAAUUACUGCAAUCUUUUGCCCUUGAAGGAAAUCUUUCUUCAUCUCCUCUGAGAGGAAAAUCUCCCUUGACUCCACCCAACUAUUGGGAAGAGACAUGGAAGGUGCUCCAGUUAUCAGUAGACCAAAAAAGUGGUGGUCCAGUUAUCAGGAUGAAGGGAAGGAGCUUCUUAAGAAGAAGCUUGUCUAACACAGAAUCAAACGUUUCUAGAACCAAGACUGCUAAUCUUGAAAACAACAAUUUAAUUUCACCCAGGCAGUCUAUUGCCGAUGAACUUCACAACGCUGAUAUAGUUCCGGUGAAACCAAUAAACAGUCUGCCAAAAAUGCCCACAGAAGGACGAAAGGAUCACAUUGGCCAAGGUAGUACAGAGGUUAUUGUGAGUGAUUCAAACAUUGUACAAGAGGCCGGCCAGCAUUAUGGUUACUGCUCAACUUCAUGUGAAAUUAGAGACCCUCUUGGUGCAGCUAGUGAGUAUUUAUCAAGGAGCAGUAGUACCUCUGUGUCAUGUGGUACUGACUACGAUCAUGAUACCCACAAUGUGGAAGAACCAUGUGUUCCCUUUGAUGACAAGGUGGUUAGCGAUCCUGGCCCACUGUCUAUGCAUAAUAGUAAGAUUAGUGAGUCACAAACAUCUGGAGUGGUGGAUUAUCAACCAGUUCAACAGCAUAGACCAUGUUUAGUUGAUGGGAAGUUGAAACUAAGAGAUGACCAAAAUCCCACUGUGCCUGAAGGUGGCCAAAAAGAAACACUUGAAGUAGGUUCAAGUUCAAAAGUGGCUGACAAAGAGUUGAGCAGAACAUUAAGGUCUCUCGGGGAAUCAAUGGUUGAAAACAUUCAGGUUAUCGCGUUACUUUUUCAACCAAACUUACACUUGUCCCCAGAGGACAACCUCAAGGAAACUGUUUCUGGAAGCACAGAUCAAGCUAAGGCGAUAGCAGCUCUUGAAGAACUCAGGAAGAUUAGUGAUCUCUUACGUCAAAUUUAACUACUACAGAUCUAAAUAUUCUCUUCAUAUAUGUAGUUUAUAGCUUUUUUAUACAUGUCUUGAUUUGAUAAUGGAAUUGUUGUAUCAAGUGAACUAUGUAAAGCUCUCCAAUUGCUAGGUAAAUAGUCUGUACAUGCUCCGUGUAAGCUGAUAAAUCACAUAAUUGUAUAUUUGAACAGCUCUUUGAUGGUUUGGAAGAAAUGAAGCCAGUCAUAUAUUUUUUA